AUGGAACCCCAGGAGAGUGCCUUCCAGUACAGCCAAUGGAACAACAGCCAGGAUGAGGUCAGCAUGAAUGUGUCGACCCCAGAGAACUCGGGCUGUGAGCGGGUCUACAAUAAACUAUGCACCGGGAAGCUGGGCAUCGCUAUGAAGGUGGUAGGUGGAAUCGUUCUGUUCUGGGUCAUCUUCAUCAUCGGCUAUGUCACUGGGUACUACAUCCAUAAGUGCAAGUAGCAAUUGUCUGAGCCUGCUGUACAACUUUUCCGAGGAGCCCUCCACCCCCCCAGAGACCUCUUACUACCUGGCCAACACCAUCAGACCAAGACUGGCCCUUGGGGGCACAUACACCUAUAGAGAUAGACACACACACACAUAUACAUAAAGGGACAAAUAUAGACCCAUAGACUCUUUUCAGAGAAAGAGAGGAUACGCUGAAACAAAUACAGAGGCAGACACUGGAUGAGAGAGAUACACCAAGCCAAAAAAAUUGGCCUGAGAGAGACUAGAAAAAUGAGACAGAUACACUGAUACAGAUACACAGAGAUGCUAAGAGACAGACAUACAAUUAGGUACACUCAGAAACAAAGACAUUUUUAGAUGGAACAGAGAUUGGCAGGACAACACAGAGACAUACAAGCUAAUUUACCAAAAGACUGACACAGAGAAAAACAGACACACACUAACAACAGAAACAAAUCUCUUCUCUCCUGUCCCAGGAUAGAAUUCCAGACCAAGCCAUCCAUAACCCAGCCCUCCCCUGCCACAUUCCAGCCCCAGCACACUCUGUUAUUGA